AAAUGCAUAUACAUGUAUAUCCUGUUUAAAUGUUUGUGUAUAAUAUAAUGGUUGACGGAAAUGUCUAAACUCUGUGUGGUAGUUUGUGGAUGUCUUUUUCUUUUGUUGAAAGAAAUUUCAACGUUAGAACUAAAAUCCUACUCUGCAUGUUAUGGCAUAUUAUUUGAAAACUACCUUCAACCAUCAUGUUCGACUGGAGAGAAAAUGGCAGUCGUUGGUCUCACUGCUUUGGCAAAGGAACUGAGUACAUCAUGUCCAAUACAGGUUACAACACCGAAUACUGUACCAGAAACAUGCUGUCAAUAUAACCCGAUAGACUGUUCUAUACGCUACGUAGGAUCCACAUAUAGGGGCUAUUAUCAACAGUGUAAUGGGAACGUUGGGUGUACCAUACAAGUGUCAUGGGUAGAGGCAACUUGUAAUCAGACUAUUUAUCUAGCCAGAACCAAUUACAUGAAAAUGGAUUAUUAUUGUAUUUCAAAUCAAGGUUUAGACCCUUGUUCAAGUUUAAACACAAAAGACAGCCGAGUUUUUCUAUGGAACCCGGGAUACCCCUCAUCCCCUCUAACAGGAUCUACAGCCUGCACAUGCUCAAUUGAGGCGUCAUGUGACUCUACUGUAAGGUUAACCGCACUAGACCUUAGACUUGGUUCCAGUACAGUUUGUAAUCAAAGUAUAACAAUAACUGAUGGAGAUACAGUAAUGGCGUUUGACUGUAAUGAUAACAACGAUUACCUACCUACAACACUCUAUGUCAGUACCUCUCAUUUCAUACAGAUACAGAUCACUAAUAACUUAGGAUCAGCAGAUGGAUAUUAUUUUAUUUUACUAGAAGGAACUUCUCCUGGCGCAGAACUAACAUUAUCGUGUGCCAGUACAGCGCAAUCUACACCUGUUGUACCUUCCACUAGUUUACCAGUUUGUCCAAGUACUGAUCUCACAACUGAGAGUAUAACAACGCCGCCAGACACUACUACAGACGAUAACAUUAGUUCAGCUGCUCCUACUUCAUCAGUUAAAAGUACCACUGUCGAGUCAACGACAACUACUUCUGUUGUUCGCACAGACUCUUCAACACCUGACGUCAUCACUGUUGUGUCUACCACUGGCGGGAAAACAAUUACUGCUGGUACAGGCACAGAGAUAACAGUUUCCAUGGCAAGUGAAAUCACCAUGACAACUACCAGUGGAACAAAAGGGACCGAAGAAACAGUUACAAAAUCGAAUACAGCAACGACUAAUGAAAACACAACACCAAGUGGCAUGACAGCAAAGGGAACUUUGGCAAUGAUAUCGAAUUUAACAGACGAUACUAAUUCACAGCCAACCACCUCAAAAACAACGACUAAUACUUCAAUAACGCAACCAGUCUUUGUUUCUCUUGGGUGGACAUCAACAGAAAAAGAUAUGAGUGCUAAUAUAACUUUCACGACAUUAUCCUCAGUCAGUGAGAGUUUACAAACGACACUUUCUGGUCUACCUGAGCAGACGACACGAACUAAUGUAACAGAUACUGACAAGGAGGAAUCGUCACCAACUAGUACCAAGUCUACGAUCAUUGGAGUUUCUAUUGUAUUAAUUGUGAUAUGUGCCUUGAUAAUGAUGUUCUUUCUUCAUAGAGAUAAAAUUAAAGAAAAGUGUUGUAAAAAGAAGAUUUCUGCAGAAACCAAUGGAGAAGUCAUUCCCUCAUACCAUACUAUAUUUGAGGAGAAUUUUAACAUUGACAACAGAACUAAACCACUACAGCUUCCGCCAUUAAUGCACCGCCUAAAUGAAGGACGUCAACGAACCUUCAAUGAAAAGGAAUCAAAGAAAGAAAAAAAUAAAAGUAAGAAGACAAAAUCUGUAUUGGCUAAUACACAAAUUCCCAAAGAACAAUACGAGGGGUCGGGAAUUGUUGCUGAUAAGGCUAUCAAACAAAAGAAAAAGAAAAAGAAAAAGAAACAAAAGAAAUUAUCACAGAUUUUGAAAGACAGUGAACCUGAGUAUACUCCAAAGCCACAAUCUUACGGAAAGAGUACUUUUUCGCCUGACAUCAGCAAUUUUUUGGCGGAUGUUGAUGUGAAACAAAGGUUUAGACGUACAUCCAUUAUAGAUAUAACUGAUCCUCAGGGUCAUUUAGAGAAAUCUGUAGAGAUCAAUACUAUAGUUAAUGUUAAACCGCUAGAUGUAUCGUCGAAUGUCUGAUAUAAUAACGUAUCAUUCUCCCGCUAACAAAGUUUUGGGAAUGUAUAGUGAUCUUCGUGUCCGUCCGUCCGUCUGUAUGUUUGAUUGUCCGUAUGGUCUGUGAAGUGAACGGCUAUACAGAUAUUAAAGUAACUUUAUACAGUUGAAAAAUAAUUCCUUAUGAUGUGCAUCAAGGAAUAUAAUCCCGGUCCAAGAGGAGAAAAUAAUCGCAUUUGUCAGCAACCCAAUAGUCGGCAGUUCUUUGUUGACAUGAAUUAUCAAUGAUAUUAUCAGAUUUUACAAAUUAACUGUUUACAAAACUUUGAAUUGUUCAAAAUACUAAGGAUUUUUUACCUAAAAAAUACAUAACCUUAGCUGUAUUUGGCAAAACCUUUCGGAUUUUGGGCCAUGAAUGUUCUCUAACUUCGUACUUUCAAUCCCUUUUUUUGUUUGAGCGCAACUGAUUGGUCUUUUGUAGUUGAAGCAUACAAAAUUAUAAGCUUGGUAUCUUUGAUGACCUUUUUUUUACUUUCUUUGAUAUGCUCACAGCUUUGCGGGGCAGGGGUAUAAUUUUUUAAGUUUCAUUCACAGUUCUAGUUUAUAUUGUAUUUAUUUAUCAGAUAUGUAUUACUUUUAUCUGUUUCAUUAAACAAAUAAAAAAACUAGAA